AUGGCCUAUAAGUUAUCCAUCGCAUCAAAGUCUCCGACUCUUUGCUAUCCUUCAUUGAUAGCAGCUAAUUUUAUCAACGAUAAGGAUUCCAGAACUAUUAAUAUUGAUUACGUAGAUGACAAGACAGUCAGCUCUGAAAGAGAGGCGCCAAUCAACUUGAAGACUCCACAAAAUGAGGAAAUUACAAAUCAAAGUGAUGCUUUAAUACAUCUCAGUAAAAACUUCCCUUCGAUUCUUUCUGAAUCUGACAAAUCUGUCGAGUGGGUCACCUUUGGUUUGGAGAAACUUUAUGUUAAAAAUUUCAAGGAAUUGUCUUCAGCUCUAGAAAAAUUGGAUGCUCACUUAAAUUUUAGAUCUUUUAUUAUCGGUUAUGGUUAUUCGUUAGCAGAUAUUACUAUUUGGGGUGUCUUGAGAGCGAAUGCUUUGAUGGGUUCUAUUAUAAAAAAUGAAGUUUAUCCUAAUGUCUCAAGGUGGUAUAAUUUCCUUGCGUUCGACAAAAGAUUUGAUGGCAGCGUAGAUGUAAUGAGUAAGACUAUUAUAUCUCAGAGAAAAUCUGCGGCCUCGUCUAAAUCUGGUGGUAAAAAGACAGUUCAUAAAGCUAAUUUCGAAAUUGACUUACCCCAUGCAGAAAUGGGUAAAGUUGUCACUCGUUUCCCACCUGAACCAUCUGGAUACUUACAUAUUGGACAUGCUAAAGCUGCAAUUUUGAAUGAAUAUUUUGCACAUGCUUACAAGGGUAAGUUAAUAAUCAGAUUCGAUGAUACUAAUCCUACUAAAGAAAAACUAGAAUUUCAGGAGUCGAUUCUCGCCGAUUUAGCCCUUUUAGGCAUAAAAGGUGAUCUCAUCACCUAUUCAUCUGAUUACUUUGAUCAAAUGUAUGAUUUGGCAAUUCAAUUAAUCAAAGAAGGUAAGGCUUAUUGUGACGAUACAGCUUCGGAGAAGAUGAGGGCAGAAAGAAUGGAUGGUAUUGCCUCUGAAAGGAGGGAUAGAUCGAUCGAAGACAAUUUACGUAUUUUCACACAAGAAAUGAAAAAUGGUACCGACGAAGGCUUGAAGAAUUGUUUGAGAGCCAAAAUCGAUUACAAGGCUUUGAAUAAGGCCAUGAGAGAUCCUGUAAUUUACAGAUGCAAUUUGACCCCACACCAUCGUACUGGUAAUAAAUGGAAGAUGUAUCCGAUCUAUGACUUUUGCGUUCCUGUCGUCGAUUCACUAGAAGGUGUCACUCAUGCUUUAAGAACUAUAGAAUAUAGAGACCGUAAUCCUCAGUACGAAUGGUUUUUGAAUGCUUUAAAUUUACGUAAAGUGUACAUUUGGGAUUUUGCAAGAGUGAAUUUUGUUAGGACUCUAUUAUCGAAGAGAAAACUACAGUGGUUUGUGGAUCAAGAUCAUGUUUCCAAUUGGGAUGAUCCAAGGUUUCCUACCGUUAGGGGAGUUAGAAGAAGAGGUAUGACGGUUGAAGGAUUAAGGAAUUUUGUUAUUUCUCAAGGUCCCUCGAAGAAUAUUAUUAAUUUGGACUGGUCAAUUAUUUGGGCUCUUAAUAAAAAAAUAAUAGAUCCUGUUGCACCCAGGUUUACAGCUGUCGAAGUCGCAAAUGCUGUUCCAGUUAGUAUUGUUGGGGGUCCAGAGUCUCCUAUUACGGAACAGAAACCAAAACAUAAAAAGAACUUGGAUGUUGGUGCUAAACCAGUGAUUUAUGCUAACAAAGUUUUAAUCGAUCAAAGUGAUGCUGAAGGAUUAUCUGAUAAUGAAGAAAUCACUUUGAUGGACUGGGGUAAUGCUAUCAUUACUGCUGUUAAAAGGGACGGAGACAUCGUCAAAAGCGUUGAUGCAAAGUUACAUUUAGAGGGUGACUUCCGCAAGACAUCAAAGAAAAUUACUUGGUUGGCAGAUACGAACGACAAGGUGGAGGCAGACUUAGUCGAUUUUGAUCAUUUAAUUACGAAGGAUAAAUUAGAUGAAGGAGAUAAUUUUGAAGAUUAUCUCACUCCAGAAACUGAAUUCCACACCAAAGUGUACGGUGAUUUGAACGUUGGCAAGUUGAAGGAAGGAGAUAUUAUUCAAUUUGAAAGAAAAGGAUACUAUAGAGUAGACAAACCGUAUGGAGAAGGCAAGGCGGCAGUGUUAUUUUCAAUCCCUGAUGGUAAGACCGUUAGCAAAUAUGGCGCUAAGAAAUAA